CCCCAAAUGAGAAGCCAGUGUGUGGUAGCACAGGCCAGCUCCAGCCUUCCUGCUGCUCCCGUGGGCAGGGUGAGUGGGCAGUGACUGACCUGGUUUGUGUCCAGGUGGACCUCAAGAUGUCCCUGGUCGCGAUGCCGUUGUACCAGAGGCGACACAAGCACUUCGACCAGUCCUACCGCCACGUUCAGACGCGGUACCUUCUAGAAGAGUAUGCGGCCAAGAGGCAGGCCUCAGCCCAGUCAUCCUCGUGGAAAUCCUCUGCUGAGGUAUCCUCUGCCCAGAGAGAGUCCCACCAGGCUGCAUCCAGGGCCACGACCUGCAGGGUAUGUGCCAAGAGGCUGGAGGCUUCAGAGGAGGAGCAGGAGCAGGAGGGAAGGUACCAAUCAUCGUCGGCGCGGUAUGGUGAGGCCAAGCGUCAGCGGUUCCUGGAUGAGCUGGCCCGGGUGCAGGAGAGCAUGGGGCAGGCCCGUGCCCAGGCCCGCAGUCAGCUGGACAGAUAUGCUGCCUCCUCCCUGCAGCUCUUGGCAGAGGACAGGUCGGCCUGGGGAAGGCCCAGCUCUGGCUAUGAAGAGCGGCUGGGCAGGGCCCCUGAGAUCCUGGUCCGCCUGCGUUCUCACACUGUCUGGGAGCGCAUGUCCGUGACCUUGUGCUUCACCGUGCAAGGCUACCCCACCCCCGUGGUGCAGUGGUAUAAAGACGGCAACUUGAUCUGUCAGGCCGCAGAGCCAGGCAAGUACCUGAUCGAGAGCAAGUACGGGGUGCACACGUUGCAGAUCAACAGGGCCCACUUUGACGACACAGCCACCUACUCCGCGGUGGCCACCAAUGGCCAUGGACAGGUGUCCACUCAGGCAGCUGUGGUGGUGAAACGCUUCCAUGGGGAUGAGGACCCGAUGCGUUCUGUGGGACUCCCUAUUGGCCUGCCCCUGUCGUCUAUGGUCCCACUCAUGCAUUUUGACGUCCAGUUCCUGGAGAAGUUCGGGGUCACCUUCAGAACAGAGGGGGAGACCCUCACCCUCAAGUGCACGCUGCUGGUCACGCCCGACCUGAAACGAUUGCAGCCCCGGGCCGAGUGGUACCGAGACGACAUCCUGCUCCAAGAGUCCAAGUGGACCAAGAUGUUCUUUGGGGAGGGCCAGGCCUCUCUGACUUUUGGGCAACUGCACAAGGACGACGAGGGUCUGUACACACUUCGCAUCGUGUCCAAGGGGGGCAUCAGCGACCACAGCGCCUUCCUGUUUGUCCGAGAUGCUGAUCCACUGGUGACAGGGGCCCCAGGUGCACCCAUGGACCUGCAGUGCCACGAUGCCAACCAGGACUAUGUCAUCGUCUCCUGGAAGCCACCCAACACCACAAGCGAGAGCCCUGUGCUCGGCUACUUUGUGGACCGGUGUGAGGUGGGCACAGAUAUGUGGGUGCAGUGCAACGAUGCCCCUGUCAAGGUGUGCCGGUACCCAGUGACGGGGUUGUGUGAGGGCCGUUCCUACACCUUCCGUGUACGAGCUGUCAACAGCGCCGGCAUCAGCAGGCCCUCCCGUGUCUCAGAUGCCGUGGCCGCCCUGGACCCUGCCGAACUGCGGAGGCUGCAAGCCAUCCGCCUGCAGGGGGACAAGGAGAUUGUCAUCUGUCAGGACGACCUGGAAGGUGACGUUCAGCUCCCAGGUCCCCCCACCGACGUGCACGCGUCUGAGAUCAGCCGGAACUAUGUGGUGCUCAGCUGGGAGCCCCCGGUGCCCCGCGGCAGGGCCCCCCUGAUGUACUUCAUUGAGAAGUCGGUGGUGGGCAGCGGCAGCUGGCAGCGUGUGAACGCUCAGAUGGCCGUACGCUCGCCCCGCUAUGCUGUAUUCGACCUGGCUGAGGGGAAGCCCUACGUGUUCCGGGUGCUGUCCGCCAACAAGCAUGGACUGAGCGACCCGUCAGAGAUCACAGCCCCCAUCCAGGUGCAGGAUGCCAUGGCCGUGCCCUCGGCGCCUGGCCGUGUGCUGGCCUCCAGAAACACCAAGACGUCGGUGGUGGUGCAGUGGGAGCGGCCGCGGCAGGAGGAGGAGCUGCUGGGCUACUACGUGGACUGCUGCGUGGCUGGCACCAACCGCUGGGAGCCCUGCAACCACAAGCCCAUCGGCUACAACAGGUUUGUGGUGCACGGGCUGACCAGCGGGGAGCAGUACAGCUUCCGGGUGAAGGCGGUGAAUGCUGUGGGCACCAGCGAGAACUCCCAGGAGUCUGACGUCAUCAAGGUGCAGGCUGCCCUCACGGUCCCAUCCCCGCCUUAUGGCAUCACGCUUCUGAGCUGUGACGGCCACUGCAUGACACUUGGCUGGAAGGUGCCCAGGUUCAGUGGUGGCGCAGCCAUCCUGGGCUAUUACCUGGACAUGCGUGAGGCGGGGCACACCCGCUGGCAUGAGGUCAACUCCUCACCCAUCAAAGAGCGGCUCUUUGUGGUGGAGGGCUUGACGGAAGGUUCUGCCUAUGAGUUCAAGAUCGCUGCCUGCAACCUGGCUGGCAUUGGACAGCCGUCAGAGCCCAGCGAGCUCUUUGUGUGUGAGGCCUGGAUGACGCCUGAGCCUGGCCCUGCCUACGACCUGACCUUCUGUGAGGUGAGGGACACGUCCCUGGUGCUGCUCUGGAAGGCGCCUGUAUAUUCUGGCAACAGCUCUGUGUCUGGCUACUUCGUGGACUGCAAGGAGGAGGCGGCCUCGGAGUGGCUGACGGUGAAUGAGAAGCCCACAGCUCACUGCUACCUCAAGGCAUGCGACCUCCUUCAGGGCAGGACCUACGUGUUCCGGGUGCGGGCUGUGAAUGCCGGUGGUGAGGGCAGGCCGUCAGACCCGUCUGAACCGGUGCUGGUGGAGGCCAGGCCAGGCACCAAGGAGAUCAGCGCAGGUGUGGACGAGGAGGGGAACAUCUACUUGGCCUUUGAGUGCCCCGAGAUGACUGAUGCCUCCCAGUUCGUCUGGUGCAAGUCCUACGAGGAGCUUCCUGAUGACCCCCGGUUCAGGGUGGAGACCCUGGGCGACCACUCCAAGCUGUACCUCCAGACCCCAGACAAAGAGGACCUGGGCACCUACUCUGUGUCUGUGACGGACACAGAGGGCAUUUCAUCCAGUUUUGUCCUGGACGAGGCGGAGCUGGAGCGUCUGAUGGCCCUGAGCAACGAGAUAAAGAACCCCACCAUCCCCCUGAAGUCGGAACUGGCCUACGAGCUUUUCGAUCAGGGCCAGGUCCGCUUCUGGCUUCAGGCAGAGCACCUGUCGCCCGAGUCCAGCUUCCGCUUUGUAAUUAAUGACCGGGAGGUGCCAGACAGUGAGACACACAGGAUCAAAUGCGACAGGUCCACGGGCAUCAUCGAGAUGGUCAUGGACCGCUUCACGGUGGAGGAUGAGGGCACCUACACAGUACAGCUGCAGGAUGGCAAAGCCAAGACGCAAUCGUCGCUGGUGCUCAUUGGCGAUGCAUUCAAGGCUGUCCUGGCUGAGGCGGAGCUGCAGAGGAAAGAGUUCCUCAGGAAACAAGGUCCCCAUUUUGCUGAGUACCUGCACUGGGACGUCACUGAGGAAUGCGAGGUUCUCCUGCGCUGCAAGGUGGCAAACACCAAGAGAGAAACCGUGUUCAAGUGGCUGAAGGACGAUGUUUUGUACGACGCUGGGGCACAGCCAGAUCUGGAGAAGUCGCUGUGUGAGCUGCUCAUCCCUAAGCUGUCCAAGAAGGACCACGGGGAGUACAAAGCGACUUUGAAAGAUGAUAGAGGUCAGGACGUCUCCAUCCUCGAGAUCGCAGGGAAAGUGUAUGACGACAUGAUUCUGGCGAUGAGUAAAGUCUGUGGGGCGUCGGCCUCCCCCCUGAAACUCAUCUGUACCCCGGAGGGGAUCCGACUUCAGUGUCUGAUGAAAUACUUCACCGAGGAGAUGCGUGUCAACUGGUAUCACAAAGAUGCCAAGAUCGCGUCAGGAGAGCACAUGAGGGCAGGUGGCAGCGAGCAGAUGGCCUGGCUGCAGAUAUGCGAGCCCACAGAGAAGGACAAGGGAAAGUACACCUUUGAGAUCUCUGAUGGUCAAGACGCACACCAGCGCUCCCUCGACCUGUCAGGCCAGGCUUUUGACGAUGCUCUGGCGGAAUUCCAGCAGCUCAAGGCAGCUGCCUUUGCCGAGAAGAACCGUGGAAAGGUGAUAGGUGGCCUGCCAGAUGUGGUGACUAUCAUGGAAGGCAAGACCUUGAACCUGACGUGCACGGUGUUUGGGGACCCGACACCGGACGUCUCGUGGUCCAAGAAUGACAAGGACAUCGAGCUGAGCGAGCACUUCGCUGUGAAGGUGGAGCAGGGCAGGCUGGUGAGCCUGAGCAUCUCGGGCGUGACAGCCGAGGACUCGGGCAAGUACACCAUCAGUGUGCAGAACAAGCACGGUGGUGAGAAGAUCGACGUCACAGUCAGCGUGUAUAAGCACGGUGACAAGCUGCCUGACGUGGCUGCCCCACAGCAGGCUAAGCCCAGGCUCAUCCCCGCGUCCACCUCAGCAGCUGCCGAGUGAGCCGGCCCGGUGCUACGGCCACUGCUCAUGGUCUUUCCCCGGGCUCCACGUGGCCCUGCUGGAAGAAAAUAAAUGGUUCAGAUGACUCUA